UUAAUUAAAGCCCAAGGUAGAACUUUUGCGCAAUGAAUAAUGCUGUUACUGUGUAGUAAAUAAAGUUUAGUAUGACCUUAUCCAGAUUACUAAUUCCUAAAUCCCUUGUAUUGCAGGGCGUAAUCCGACCUCUUGAUCUCGAUUCACAGAACAUUUUAUGGAAAUCAUUUUAUGGGAGCAUACAAGGAAUACGUACACGGAGGAAAUGUAAUAGAUGACGAUGUCCAUCAAGAAUGGGAUGCGGCCCCAGUAAGGACGAGGGCGUGUAUCCUGUCCGAUCUCCCGACGCCUACACUCGGAACUUCCUUGGAAUUUAUGAAAGCUUCUGGGAUUUCCGAGUAACCUUUGAUCGUUUUGAUGUUCAUUCUCCGCCUAUAUGUAUACAGUUGUGGAAUGAUCCGGGUCUUCCUACUCCAAAAGAUUGCCAGUCUUUCCGUGCUGAGAUAGAAGGAGUUCACUCUCUGUUGCUCUGUAAGGAUCCAGAAAACCCGGACUUAAACCAAGGGGAGCUGGAUACCUCCUACCUCCUCACCGUUAUUGAAAAACUGACGUCACGAACUGACAUCAUUAAACACUUGAUACCAAAUGACAAAACUCGGGUUAUUUACAAGCAGCGGGAGAUCUACGUCGGAGUGAUACAUUGCCGGUUGUGGAGGUUCGGUCGGUGGGUGGAUGUAUACAUUGACGAUUCUGUCCCUUCAAUCUCUAACAGCGGAGGCAUACAUCUCCUGUCCUACUGUCACGACAAGGAGGAACUUUGGCUGACCUUUUUAGAGAAGGCAUGGGCAAGGUUCUGGGGCGGCUAUUCAAACAUCGAAUACGGAUACAUCCAUGACACUUACCUGAGUUUGACAGGAGGAGUGUACGAGGCAAUUAAUCUGGAGAGGACGAGAAUGAAGCCCGGGGACAUCUAUUACCGGAUCAAGCGGGCAAUAGCCCAGGGGGCGCAAGUAGGCUGUGCGGUAUCGAGGAAACAUGACGGUGUAUACGGGUUAACAGCUGGUGACACUUUUACAGUUGUGGAAACUUACCAGGUUUAUACGCUAAAAGGAAAAGACAUUCAUCUUCUACGCAUACACGACCCGCUGGGCUACACACUCUGGAAAGGUCCCUGGCAUCAAAAUGGCAGCGAAUGGGCGUCGUUGCCAGCAGACAACGACAUUCUGAGCACGGUUGGGGAGCACGAAUUCAUCAUGGCGUUCCGUGACGUCAUCGCCUACAUGGAGUACGUCUGUAUCUGUUCCAUUACCCCGGUUGUCGAUCAAGAUGUUGGCAAGCCCAUAUAUCUAAAAUAUUGUACUCACGUGUUUGGUGAAUGGCUUGGAGUGACAGCGGCCGGCAACAAGAAACUGCUGGAUAAUCCUAAAUUUUCCUUCGUAAUUCCAAAUCGAGGAUUUAACAAGGAACAGACUCCGGCCGUUGUCGGCAUUUCAUUGCUUCAGCUCUGUAAAGAUCGCCUGGACGACCGACUUCCAAUUACGCUUAGAAUAUUCAAGGCUAGGCAACAGAAACAAGGCAUGUUGAUAGAGGAGAUCGGUGAGCCGUUUGAACAGGGAUAUCAGCAGGUUCUGAGAACUUUUAGACUAAGGCCUGGAAAGUACAUGAUCCUCCCACACACAGCCAAGAUGAAAACAGAGAGACACUUCCUCCUGAGAGUGUAUACAACGUUCCCCGUGAAUCACAUUAUAUGCGUACCACCCACGGAGCCAUUGUUACUGCUGAAAGAGGACAAACCUUUAAAUUUGAAAGACCUUAAAUGUACUCUUGAUUGCUGUGAGGAGAUAUGGGGACGAUGGAUGAAAGGCUUCGGGGGUGGCUUUAUCUACGACAGAGAUUUUUAUCUUAACCCUCAGAUGGAUAUAUGUGUUCCUGAAGGAGAUGAACUUAAGCAAGUGAUUCGUUUCAAGGUUCUAAAGGAUUGGAAUUCUGACGACGCCUGUUUGGGCUUUAGACUGUUCCGGAUAGGUCCGGAGGACGUAAUACCAAAGACUACGCAGUGGUUGUAUGAUAACUGGGAUCACACUGUGAGGUGCAGGGACGGAUCUAUUGAAGGCUGGGAGUGGGACUACCUCGCCCCCACUUUCCUUGUAGAACCUGGGCGAUAUUGUGGAAUUCUUUACAACGAAAAACCUGGAGGUAGCGACACGGCCUUCUGUGUCAUGGUGUAUUCCGCGACUCCACUGCAAAUCAAGGCCUAUAAUUUAGGAAAGUGAUACCUUAAGACAUUUUUGGGGAAACAUCAAGCGACAAAAGAUGUUCUUUGUAAAUGCAUUGUGCAUUGCCUUUUAUGCUAUACAUACAGUGCUAUCUCAGCAAGAAGGCAAAAAUGACGUCUGGAAAGGAUGGCGGUGAAAUCCGCGCAUUUGAAAUGCUUAAUAAUAUUCUUAACACAACCAUACAAACAAUAUUGAAAUGCUUAAUAAUAUUCUUAACACAACCAUACAAACAAUAUUGAAAUGCUUAAUAAUAUUCUUAACACAACAUACAAACAAUAUUGAAAUGCUUAAUAAUAUUCUUAACACAACCAUACAAACAAUAUUGAAAUGCUUAAUAAUAUUCUUAACACAACCAUACAAACAAUAUUGAAAUGCUUAAUAAUAUUCUUAUCACAACCAUACAAACAAUAUUGAAAUGCUUAAUAAUAUUCUUAACACAACCAUACAAACAAUAUUGAAAGAAGACGAACCAUAGGAAUGAAUGAUUUGUCCGAAACGGUACAGGAUUAUGUCUUUUGAUGUUGUGUGAGAAACGGUACAGGAUUAUGUCUUUGGAUGUUGUGUGAGAAACGGUACAGGAUUAUGUCUUUGGAUGUUGUGUGAGUUCAUCUUAGAAUGUUUUCUUUUGUGAUCACAAGCCCUGUCCAAGAUAUGUACCAGUAUUUGUGACAGAUGCCUUUGUAACUUGCAUCAUUACAAUAUUACAGAUGAUGGUUCUACAUUAUAGGAAGACUGUCUUGUCUUUAACUACAUCAGAAAGUGAUGUCAAUUGAUUUGUUACGUCACUGUUAGAUUUUAUGUUGUUUUGACCUGUUUUAUGAAAAUUAUACCCACUUGAAUACCUGUUUUAUGAAAAUUAUACCCACAUGAAUACCUGUUUUAUGAAAAUUAUACCCACUUGAAUACCUGUUUUAUGAAAAUUAUAACAUAUAAAUUGAAUUCAAAAACUUGAUUACGAUUUUUUUUAACCCUGAGCGGUACCCAUCCUCUGCGACCUUUAAAACAAUUUUGUUUUCAUUCAUUAUAAACCUAAAGGUAUUUGCUGAUUUAAUGAACGGAUAUUAUGACGUCAUACUUUGUUUACUUAAUAUCCAUUGUUUUAAAUAUACAUGUAAGUGUGCGAGGUUUACGUGUUACUAAACGUGUCUUGUAAACCGAGUUUCCAAAUAAUAAACAAGAACAGUUAAUGUGA